AUGGCGCCUACCCUUACAGCGGUAUAUAGAUCUCCUCUUUCCACGGAGCCUCAUAUCUUCUCAUAUCCUCUACCGGAAUCUGUAGCUUCUUCUAUGGCUACGGGUACUGAUGCAAAGACGCAGCAUCUUUCGGACCUCCGAGCGGCGGUCAUAAAACUUCAGGAGGAGGUAAAUACGUACCUAACUGAAAGAAUGCAAGCAGAGAAAAAGGCGGAGGAGGAUGCGAUGGCGGAGGAGAAAUAUGGCGAGGAGGAGGGAGAGGAGGAGGAUUAA